AAAUCGAAAAUACAUUAUGCAGCUAAUUCUGCAAAUAUGGCGUCUGAGACAGAGGAUCUGGAACUAGAAUCUCUAAGGUCUGCUGUACUUGCAUCGUUAAAACCAAAAACACAACCAAAUGAAGUAACUAAGCCUGUUACUGAUGCCGAGGAUUCAACAAAAGCGAAGGAGGAUGAAGAUGAAGAAGAGAGUCUUCGACUUCUCAGAUUAGCUGCUCUCAAAAGCAAAAAGGAAGAUUCAGUAAGCCACGUUUCAACACCAGUCCCAGGAUCUCCUGCUCACCCACAGAAUCCUCCGGCCCAGGAAAACCUACUACAGCCACAACCUGCCCCUUUCCACCAGGCAGGGCCAGGAGGUCGAAGCAACCUUAUUACCAUUCCUCUCCAGGAUACCACUGCUCCCCUGCAGACCGCUCCUGGCUCUAACAGUAACCAAGCUCCCAAGACAAGUGCCAACGACAGUGGCAUCAAGGAAGAGCGUAGCACCAAGUUCAGCCGCUUUGAAAGUUCUGAUUCCGAGUCAGACGUGGACGAAGACAUUUUUGUCCAGACCGCCAGCGACUCGGAUAAGAGUGCCAUCAGUGCUUCAGAGAGCGAUAAGGAUUCCGAUUCCGAUUCUGAUUCUUGGAGGACGCGAUCGUUUAGUGAAGCCGAAACCUCUUCCUCAGAAGCAGAAGCUGAUAAGGACAGAAAGUCUCCUGAAAAAGAAAGUGUGACAAACAAAAACCAUGAUUCAAGUGAUAUUGCUGAAAAGGAUGUAACAGCACAGAAAGAAACAAUUAAAAGUGAUCGCCCAGAAAAGAAGUCUGAGCGUGAAACAAGAAAAGACAAUGUCAGGGAUAGUAGAGACAAUGAUAGAAGUCAUCGAGACAGAAGAGAGACUAGGCAUUUAGAUUUACGGUCUCAACUUCGGAGUAAGGAAAGAAGUAGGGAAAGAGAGAGAAAUCAUCAGAAAGACACAAGAGACAAGAGGGAUGAUUACAGAAGUAGAGAUAGUGAAAGGGAAAAGAGGAUAGAGGAGAGACGCAGACAUUAUGAAUCAAGGAGGGGAGAUAGAAGGCCGUCUCCCGGAAAAUCACAGAGACACACGUCUGAUCGCCCGAGAAGAGAAGACAGAUUACAUAAAGAUAUUGACAGGAAUGCUCUCGAGGCAAGGAGACAAAAGUUUGCUUCAGGGAGUAGUGUGAACUUGAAAGAUAAGAAAGUUGUUCUCAAAUCAUCAGAAAAUGGUGCAAACAUUCCAGUGAACAAGAGUAGUAUAAAUGAUAAUGACGUUCAUGUACCUGAAAAGAAAUCACAAGAUGAUGCCAAAGCAGAAAAGCUUCCCACAGAGGGAAUUGAAAGCGAUAUUUCUUUGUCUAGUGUGGAAUCUGAAGCCGAAUCGGAAUCCGAAUCUAGUAGCGAUGAGGAAGAUAAAAAAGAGAGCGAGUCAGAGUCGGAAUCUGGAUCCGACGAAGAGGACACACGUUUUAAAAGAACCUUAAGCGAUACUAAAACGUCCUCACAAGCACCAACACAAUCUCGCCUUAUCAUUUCAAUGACCUUCCCCAAAGAAGGUCCACCACCACUGCUUCCACGUAGGAGAGCCAAUGACAUUGACCGCAGUAGAGAUCGCAGGGGACUAGAUGACUUACAGAGGUCCCGUAGACCUCAAGGUUUUAGGGACGAUAGGAAAGAGCGUGAUCGGAGAGAUCGCUAUCCCAGAGAUCAGCAGGAGCACGGUUCAAGUAGAGAGUCUCGAGACCGUGUACGAGUAGGCACUCGUGAGGAGAGGCGGCAUCCUCGAGACACAAAGGAAAGGCCUGAUGAAAAGGAUUUUGAUAACCUUCGGAAGCCUAGGACCAAUGACAUAAAUGAAAGAGAACGUGAUAUUAAAAAGAUCCCCAGAGAUAAUGACAUAAAUGAAAGAGCACCUCCUCUCAGAACUCCAAGAGAUGCAAAUAAUGAUGAGAAAAGGAGCAGACUGGGUGUAAGAGACAAUGGUAAAAAUUUAAACAAAAGAAUCCCUCACGCAGAACGCGAAACACGCAGAAACCCUCGAGAUACAAAUUUAGGGGAUAAAGCGGAUAGACAUAUUUUGCAGGACAAUAGGACUUUAAGCAGAAAGAUUGCUUCAGCCAAAGACUUUGUUUCAGAGAGUUCUGAAUCAGAAAGUGAAACUGUGAACCAGGCUCUGCGAAGUAUCGUGAAAACCGACAAGGCUGAAGAAGAUUCAAAGAGUAGUUCAAAGGACAGUAAAAGAUCAAAAGACAUUGAAAAGGAUGAACUAAAAGAGAGGAGAGAUCCCAAGAGGGAUGGGGGAACAAGAGAAAGGGAAAGAAAAUCAAAGCAUAAGCGAGAUGUCAAAGAAAGGAUAGGCAGAAGAAAACGAGAUGUAAUUAAACAGAUAUCAGACGGAGAAGCUGCCAAAUUGGACUCUUUUAAAGUUACAAUUUCUGAAGAUACUGCUGCCCAGAAGAAGAGAUCAGUUCUUGACAGGCUAGGUAGUGCACCCCCUGCGGACAAAGUCAGGAACUCGGUGAAGUCACGCCUUGGUCCUGUGAAGACGGAAGCUGCCGAUUCUACUACUGACAUUGCCCCUAUUGACCCAGAAGAAGACCUCUUCCCUGAAGAAUUGGGACCUCAAGGUGAUGGUGUGAAAAGGAGGAAAGUAGAAAUAAACGAUAAGUAUUCUAAUCCAACCAAAAAGCGCCUUAAACUCAAACGAGUAGAACCACCAGGUGAGGUGAAGUACGAUGACAUUAGUCUAGACCAUGAAAGUGACAUGUAUACUGUGGCAGAACCUCCGGCGAAACGUAAGCAGCUGAGCAAGUCGUUGCUGAGCCGGCUUAGCGAUAAACCAGGAACUCCGCUUAACUCAGAGGAAGCUUCUACAACUCUUGACGGUGGAUCCUCACCAGAAAUAGAACCCAUACAGCGGAAAGUCAAGUCCAGGGACAGUGAGGAUAGGGUGGAGAAGAAGAGCAAGUCUAAGAACAGGGAUAUGUGGUCUAGGAAGAAUGCGGAUGCUGCCGUGGAGGAUGUGGAUGGUAUGGACGAUGCUCCGCCCAAGAGGGAUAUACGCAAGUCCAAGAAUAAAGACAUUUGGUCUUCAGAGAGGAGUGUCAUCACUGCAAACCCUGAGAAGGAUGUUGAUGAAGAUUUACCGGUGAGGAAGGAACGCAGAUCACGGGAUGUAUGGUCUUCCAAGAGGAAAGCCGUCACCAAGGAUGCAAAGGAAGACAGUAAGGGUUCUAAGGACGAUGAGUUGGAAGAGAGGAUUAGGAUGAUAAAGGCCAAGAAUGCGGCCAUUAUGCAACGCCAAAAGGAAAUUGAAGAGGAAAAGAAAAUGUUCGGUGGGCAUAGGUAGCAGAAAUUCAAAGCAAACCCUCCUAUAUAUCGCUGAGAACUGCUGUAAUAUCAUGUAAUUCCACAUUGUUUGGAGGGGGCGGGAUGACUUCUGCAAUUUUUUCAGCUGCACCACUUAUCUGUUGAAAGCUUUUCUUAGAUCAUUUAAAUACACUGUAUAUGAAAUAUUGCUUCCUAUUGGAAAAAAAUAACACCUGUUUCACCCCAACCCCCAAAAAAUGUUUCAAAUUGUAAAUUUUUUUAUGGACAUCCUCAUUGCUGGUACAUACAGGCAGGGCUUGACAUUAGCAGUGGCCGUGGCAACCAAAAAAGAGUAGGGCCACCAAAAUUCUGAAAAAGCCCACACUUGAUGGUCCAGUUGGGCUACCAAAGUUUUGAUAAAUUGUAAUGUUUUCUAUUGUUUUAGGGCCACCAAGAAUGUGAAAUUGAUAAUUUUGGUGGACUAUUUGGGCCACCAAGAAAAAAAGUUAGUGUGUAGCCUUGCAUACAGGUGAUACAAAUGUGUAGCUUCUAAUGACGGGUCUGUUUGAUUAGAUGGUUGUUUGAGCAGGUUUUAAUCUUCUUCCUGGUUUAUUCACAUGUUAAAUUCUCUAUUUUAUGAAAAAAUUUGAUUUCAAUUGAUGCCAUGGUUUUGUACUUUUGCUAUUCCAUUGUCAGUCAGACGGCAGGUCCCAAGAAAGUGGCUUCUUUCAUCCAAGUGAUAUUCACGACUUGAGAUGUUUUGCAUAUUUAAUGAGCUUGAUGCGGACCAAAACACCUCUUUUCAUUCGAUCAUUGCUGCUCUAUUUGUGCAUCGAAUUUCAUGAAUUUGGUAUCAUUGUAAAGAAGAAGAAUCAUUCUUUCAGGUUAUGUGUUUGAAUUUAUUCAAAGAUUUUGUAAUAUAGGUUAAAAUUUUGAUCUAAAAUAUGCUACAAAACAAUUAUUUUCACCUGACAAAAGCUGCUAUUUUCACACUUUAUUUUUGUUUGAGCCCAAAUGAUUUUUAGAUCAUGAUAAAGCUGAAAAGUGUGAUCUUGACCCGAUUAAAAGGUGCCGCAUAUCAAGAGUGGCAUUGUGAGAAAGUACAGAAGUUUAGCUUUAUGGUGAUAUAGAUAUCAUUGAGGCUCAAAAUAAAAAGUUUUGCACAAUUUGCAAAAGAAAACAGAGGAAGAAAAUUCAGUUUUGAGGCACAUUUUCAGGCCAGAAAUUUACUUAUUUAACAAAAUAUUGUAUACAAAAUAAAUGACCAAUAUGAAAGAGUAACAUUUACUCUAUCUGAUGGUGCAAUAAUAUUUCAUUUAACUCGAGGUUGAAACAGGUAAAUUCUUAGAGAAAGAAAAUCUCACGAAUCACGAGAUUUUGCAAGGAGGAGGAUUCAGCCACGAGAUGAUUUGGAUGAAUCGGGCCUGUUUGCUCAUUAGCAUAGGGACCUGCGGUCUGACUGAUUGUGCAUCAAGAAAUAACCAUUAUAUGUCCAUGAGGGGUUAUAUUUGGAUAUUUACUAAAUUUCAGUGGUCUUUUUGUGUGACAUCAUAUGCUCAUACCAAGUCAAGCAUAACUUUAGAAAGUCAUGAAUAUGCACAUGUGGCAAUCUGUGCUAUAUGUAUAUAUCAACAAUCCAUCUGGUGUUCAACCAAGGUUCAAGCUAAUAAUAUCAGCACUUCAAUGUUAUAUAAACAUCUUGAUAUAAUCAGUGGUAUCCAAAAUUGCAAACAUUUAUUCUCAAUUGUCUGAAAUGUAGGUCUUGGUAUGAAUACCAACUUAAUUUGAUGAAUUGAAAUUGCCAUUGCAGUGGCUGAAAAUGACAUGACAGAUGUACACCCAGAUACUUCUUUCUUGUAUUUCAAGGAAAAACAAAUGUUGCUGUAUUGCUUUGUUGGCCAAUUGUUUGUGAUGUGUUACUUAUUGUGACAUGAAUAUUAAAUUUGCCAUUAUUUUCAUCACUAUUCACUAUUAAAGGAAAAAUGUUGAGGUAAUGAAGAAUGUCAUAUUCUAUUUCUGAUUGUUGUUGAGCUAUAUUUCAUUUCAACAUCCAGCUAGUCCUUUCAGGCUUUUCUUUUCUUUUCAAUAACUGUCCCUUGACUCCCUUGCUUUAUACAAGAACCCAUGAUUAUUGUAGCAGGUUCGUAUAUUAUCACAAUCCUUACAUGCUCUGUGUAUGUUUAUAUUCAAGAUUCUUUUUACUUGUCGGAACCUAUUUAUAAUCAACGCCCCCCCCCCAUCCUCUGUCUAUGUGCAAGGCUUGACAUUAGCGGUGGCCCAGGGCCACCAGAAGAAAUUCUCCUCGGGCAACCAUUAUUGAAAAAAAUGGGAAGUUUUGGUGGCCCGAAUCGGGCAACCAAUAAUUUCAAAGUAGUGAAAGUUUUCUCCCGAUUUUUCACGCAUUUAUCAACUUUCUACAGUUCAAAUUGCAAGCCAGUUCGUCAUGCACCCUUUUCCUUGAUCUACACACAAAGUUUGCACAUAGUCAUAACAGUACGUACCGCUAUAAUAUUAUGAUUUCAAUUAGUGCUGCUGUGUUGACCUGUUGGUGUUGUGGCUGGGCCAAUUUGUUUCAGCAGCAGCACAGCACAAAACUUCCUAGGACAGAUCAAACAGUCACAUACAUGUAGUGUUUAUUUUGCCAUUGCAAGUUCGGAGUUACCUCAUGGGCAAUUUUGGUCAAAUGACCUUUCAUUUCUUCAUUAUGAUAGGCAGAUUUCAAGCAAGAUAAUAUGUAAGCAUGCCUUACAUAGCAGGAUGCAGAAAUUGCAUAGACCAGGUGACUUAAAUGAACACUAUAUGAAGGUACAUGUAUUUGUUGCAUUUCUGCUAUGAAUGCGUUAGCAUGUUAUAUCAAUGUACUGUACUUGACCAACUGUGAAAUACCAGUCGCUAAAGGACUGGAUCUAAUGAAAAAACCCAAUUAAAAAUAAUAUAUGAAUAAUCAAGACAUCUAAGUUGGUGCUUAUCUCAUUAAAUAAAUAAACCGCCAUGUCACUUUAGUACAAAUGACAUUCUGAUGAUCAUGCACUGAAUGGAACUCCGAACUUGCUUAUUGCAAUGAAUACUAUAUAUAUAGGACCCCUUGCCAUGCAUAAAAUAUGUUUUCCUCAUGACUUUUAUACUUGGAUUUUUCACAAUAGCAAUCAGUGAUUACAGUCAAACCUGUCUGUAUAGACCAAUCAAGGGAGGCAAGAAAGUGGUCUCUAUGAAGAUGUUCCUGAAAUACAGGUUUUAAUGCAAACUAUUUAUCAAGGGAAACUAAAUCUGUGGUCUUUCUACUUCUCUAUACAGGCGAUUCUUCUUAACUAUGUAAUGAAAGUAGUGAAAAUGUUCCAUUUAGCAGAAUAUUGCCUUGUAAUAGAGUGCAAACUACUGUACUGCGCUUUUUUAUUCAACACUUCAUGAUUUGAUUUUAUGACAAGAUGCUUUGAUAUCCCAUUUUGCUUUACAUAUUCAUGUUGUGCAAAUAGCUUUGUGAAAAAUGCCCCUACAUGUACAUGUACAGACAUCUGUUUCCAAUGUACCACAAAUCUAGUAUUAUUUAGUAGAAUGUAAUAUCUGGGACCGGGGGGGGGGGGGGGGGUUUCAUCAGAGAGUUAAGUCGCACUUCAAAUUCCAAUUGCUUGCAGUAGAAAAUGUAUCACCGCAUUGGUUAAAUCAUGCUUAAAGGACACAAACUAUUGCACGUUAGAUAUUAUAAGCAGAAAUUGAAGUGCAAUUUUAUGUCACAAUUAUUUCUUUGUUAGAACACCAAGAAAUACAGUAUUUCUAUUACCUUGAUAUGAUUAUUGAUGUAUCUAAGCUGUAAGCACUGUCUUUGAUAAAGCAUUGUCGUAUAAAUGAUCUUGCAUCAGAUUUCAAAUAUUGGGCUUUACUCAAGAUUUAUUGAGAUGUAUUUGCAUCAGUCACAACUCAUUAUUUUUAUACCUAGAAUUUGCUGGGUUUACUUUGCAGUGUUUUCAUUUAAUAAUAUCUUCAUAAGAUGGAAUUGUGAGUGCUGCAAUCAAAGUGUAUUGGCCAGGGCCCUGUCUUACAAAGAGUUACGAUUGAUUGAUCCAAUCAAUCGUAACUCUGGAAAUCCAUCAGUGUCAUAAUUUGUUACAGGAAAUUUGCACAAUGUCCUUUUUAAACAGAGAGAAGCACAGUGAAUUUUCAAGAAAAAUGGAAUGCAUGUAUAUACAUCAUAGAAAAUAUUUUGAACAAACGAUGCAUUAUAGAUGUUGACGUUGCUGACCGUCCAUAGUUGUGAUUGAUUGGAUCAAUCGCAACUCUUUGUAAGACGGGGCCCUGAUCUAUUUCACCAAUAAUGAAAAAUUUAAGAAAAACUCUUCUAUUCAAGAGUUUUCAAAGAAUAUGCUGAUUCUUAAAGUGCUUUUUGUGUAAAGACUUAUCACUUCUAUAUGUGUUUCAAAUGUUUGACUUUUUGUUAAGGUGAAAAAUUUGAAAUAACAAAGAUGCCAAAAAUUUUCAGUCCAGGCAGGCAAAUUACCUACAAAAAUAUGAUUACAAUUUGUCAUAUGAUAUGAUUUGUGUUACAUGUACUUGUUCAUUCUUAAAAUGAACUUGUAUGAUGUAUGAACUGAACUGAAUGAUGUAUUGUAAUCUUUCAUUAACAAAAACACAAUAUUGUGUAUUAUAUGAAAUAACACUCUGUAUAUAUUAUUAAAACGUCCACGUUUUUUUCUUCAAUGAUA